CAUGCUACAGUGAAAGAGGGCAUCAAGGAGCACAUUUUAUCUUUCCCAAGAACCCAGAACCACUACUCUCGGAUGAAGGGGGAUGUACACAGAGAAUACCUCAGCCCUGAUCUGAAUUUGUUGCGAAUGUACCGACUCUACAAAGAGAAGAAUACCACAUCAUCUGCAAAAUUCUGGGUUUAUAGGGACAUUUUCAAACAGCAGAGUCUCAAUUUCGGCCAACCCAGGAGUGACACCUGUGGCAAAUGUGACGCAUUCUUCACUAAGAUGUCAGCAGCAACAUCUGAAGAGGAGAAGAGGAAGAUUGCAGUUGAAAGUGAGUUGCACCAUCGAAAAGCCGAAAAGGCCUACACACAGCUUCAAAGUGACACUGAGUGGGCUAAAGCCAAUGCUGACUGCCAUGUCAUUUCUGUGGAUCUACAGGGGGUGAUGUACACCCCUAAUCUGACCCACUCCAAUGUCUACUACCAGCGGCAGCUGUCAAAUUUUAACCUUUGCAUCCAGGAACUUGGAAAAGAAGAUCCUGCAUACAUGUGUGUUUGGCAUGAGGGGAUUGCACACCGAGGUUCCAUUGAGGUAGCAAGCUGCAUAUUGAAGUGGGUGAAGACAAAAUUCACGCCACUCCCCAAACCAGAGGUGCGCAAGUUGAUCAUCUUCAGUGACAGAUGCUGUGGGCAGAAUAACAACUGGCGGAUGCUCAAUCUGAUGUCGAUGCUCAUCUCUAUGGGUUACUUUACCCAAGUUGAGCAGAAGUUCAUGGUCUCUGGUCAUUCUUUUCUUCCUUGUGAUCGAUCUUUUGCCACCAUUGAGAAGAGGCGCAAGGUGUCAGUCCUUCAUACACCUGAUGAUGUUUCAAAGAUGAUACUUGCACAACCAGCAAAACCAUUCAAGGUGAUGAGGAUGCAAUGUGAAGACUUCAGGCACCUUCCAGAUUCUGUCCUCAAGCGACCAGCUGGACUACAGAUCACCUCAGUGAGGUGGUUAAAAGUCACAGUUGAGGAUCCUUGGAAUCUGUACGCCAGACAGAGCCACAGUCUAUUUGAGGGAUGGAAAUCGUGGCUGAUCUCCAAACCAAAACAAGGAGCUACACCUCAACCUCCCUAUUUUGCAAGCCACUACCCUAGAGCAUAUGAGAGUCCUCUGCCCAUCAAAAAAAAACAAGUACCAAGAUCUGAUGACCAUGCUCAACUACUUGCCAGCUGCUGCACGCUCUUUUUAUAAAUCACUGCAGAGUGAAUAAUUUGAUGUUAAACCAAGCUACAUAAUUAACCGUUUUUUCUGUGAGUUUAUGAUCCCCUGAACCUGUAUAGUAUGUUGAAUCUGAAUACAUUUCAGAAAACAUGUCACCCCUAUUGUAGGAAUUUUCUAUGUGAAUCAAUUUGUGUAUGAUUUCAACCAGCACAAUAUAUUGAAUUAAUUUAAUUUUAAGAUGUUGUUCCUAGUGUAGAAAAUGUUAUGUACAAUGUGUUCUGUUGAGAAUGAUUUUGUGUGUGA